AAAUUCAAUUUUUUAUAGAACCAGCUGUAUGGCCUAACACUCAAUUUGAUAUUCAUUUCUUGUUACAUUUAGACGAAAAAAUAUUCGAAAAAAAUGAACACGUUAGUCGUACCUCCGUCUCCGAAUUGGUAUGAAUCAUCUAUUCUAGCUUGUGCCCCAGACAAUACUGUGAUUUAUGGAGCAAGAAAUGACCUAGUCCUGAUUGAAAAUUCUGAUGUUCCAAAUCAGGCUUCCAAGGUUGACAUUAUUUCUAGGGCACAUUCACAGAAAAUAUUGUCUGUGCAUAUAAAUAAAAAUUGGGGGAAACCAAAUAAAUUUGUUGUUUCUGUAUCUGAAGACAAAAUUAUCAAGGUAUGGAACGUAGAAACUCUGAAGAAACAUGCUUCACACAAUGAACAUCUUGCUCAUAGUAAAGUGGUUGGCGCGAAUUUCGCUGGUGACGAUAGAAUUAUCAGUGUAUCAGAAGAUGGGGUCAUAGUUGUUUGGAAUGUAGGGGCUAACAAAACGAUUGUGCUGAAAGACGUGUUCGGCUUCAAAGCUACUGUCACCUGCCUGUCCACUUGUCCUCACGCUCCAUGGAUGACGGCGUUCGGCUUGAAAAAUGGCCUCGUACUUGUGACCGAUUUAAGGAGAAAUGGAACUCUAUUGCACAGGCUAAGAGGUCAUGAUAAGCCUGUGCUCUCUUUAUCUUGGUGUCCAGCACCAAUCAAUAUAUUCCCAACGAAUCCUCGUAAUUGUGUUGGAAUAAAAAAGGAAACUCUUGAUUCGAAUGAUAAAAGUCAUUUGCCCGCAGAAAAUGAAUCUUCUGCUGUAAAAGAUAGUAAUGACCAAAACGGUUCAGAGUCUAGGGACGAUAACACUGCAAAAAAUGACACUCAUCCUUUACUCAAAGUAUACGAUUCUAACGACGAAGAUUCUUCUCAAGUAUUUCAAGAUCUCAAAGAUAAAAUACUUGGUAACAGCAGCCCUGAGGACGUUGAAUCAGAAACUGAUGUAAAAAAUGUUUUAAUUUCAAGAGAUGGAGAAUUAAAAUUGGAAGAUGAGAAUGCUCCACUCACGGUGGCUGACUCUAUAUUGAAUGGAAGUGAAUAUAAACUCAAUGAUUUUUUGAAGGAAUGUCAGGAUCUCGAGAGUAAAAUCAAGGAAAUUAGAGAUGAAAGUGAUAUUCUGUUAAGUUCCACUUCAAAAUACACAAAUCCUUUCAAAAUUCUCUGCAGUGACAUUCCCAUUGAAAAAAUGAGUGAUGCAGUGAACACAAUAGAGGAUUUGAACAUCAAAACGGAUGGCAUCUCUUCAGAACCUUGUGAGAAACUCGAACUUCCAGUUGAAGAAAAAGGAGAAAUUACCGAAAAUAUUAGUAGUGCUGUACAAUCUAGCGAGCAUCAAAUUAUCAGCACAUCAGCUAAUACAAAUGACACUGAAGAAUCUCAAACUGUUGAUCAGGACCAGGAUGAAGUAGAAUCAGCUCCUGUUAUUGAAGUUAUUGACAAACAGUCUACUGAACUGAGAACUGAUGAAACCAAAGUUGAUGUUGAAACUAAAACUGAUGAACAACGGUGCGUAGAUGAUAGCCCAGCAAUACAUGAUGAAAAAACAGUUAAUGGCAUGAAAACAUGUGAAGAAGUAGGUCGAAAAAUAACCACAAAAGAAAUAGAAGAAGAACAACCAAGGAAAGAGUAUUUAUUGGCUUCUGCGGCAAGAGAAGGGAAUAUUUAUAUCUGGAGAGCUGGAUCGGAUGGAAGAAUGCAGAAUUUCAUGUGUGUUCCCAACAUUAAUAAGUCCAGUCAUCGAAGAUCCUCCUCCUCUUUUGACAAGAUAUGGAUAACUCUAUGUUGGGCUUCACCCACCACACUGCUAUCUUCAUCGAGAUCCUCUGAACUGCUACAGUGGCCUCUUCCAAAACCCAUGGACAAAUCUAAACAAAUGAGUCUAGUUCACAAAGACCACAACACGUUGUUGUUCUCCAUAGCGGCUCCUGUCUCUUACUCCGACGAAUUCAAUUGGUUGGAAAAGAGACAAAUGAACGCGUGGACCUUGGGACAGGACCGUUUGUUGUUGAACACGAGCCUGUGUAACGAAAAAACGAAUUUGGCUUGCUAUCCUACGUUCGGGGGCUCCGUACAUUGCCUGCAGCUGUCACCCGUCGAUCCGAAUAGAUUAGCCAUUGGGUCUGCCGAUGGGUUCAUCAGAAUUUUGGAUUUGAGCCGGCCUCACGUCAAACAAAUAAUAAUGACAACAUUCUAUCAAAAAAUACAAAGCAGAGUAGAAUCUCUGGCCUGGCAUCCUGAGAAUGAGUUGCUCUUGGCAUUCGGCACAUCAGAAGGACGGGUGGGAUAUCUCGAUAGCAAUAAUACAUCAAAGUCUCCUGUUCUUUUGCCACAUUUCUUCAAAUCGCAGAUUUACAAAUUAGAAUGGGGUCCAAUUCCUGGCAAUAAGCAACAAUUUGGUUUGUAUGCCGUUGCUGAAGGAAAAUUAGUUGUAUUCAAUACAUCUAAAAAAUCUGAAAACGAACCCACAGAAAUAGACAAACCCGAGAAGACAAUCAUCUACUCUUUUGCCUGGAAGCCGGAUUACUCGAUACUUCUCGUCUCCACCAAAGCCGGCUUUCUCAUCGUUUAUUCCCCGGAAUUGAAAAUUCUCCGCAAACAUUACUUCCCGCAGCGCAUUCAGGAAAUCCUGUGGCAUCCCAACGCUGCUCUUCACGGCGACAGUCCAGCGCAGGCGCAGUCGUGCUGGUUCGCCGCCAUCACCAACUUCAAGAACGUCACCGUGUACGAUUUCGACGAGGCGAGGGCGAGCGACAGCGACGACGACAGGGUGGUCGCCGUUUACGAGGGCGCUGGUGACGUGGUCAGCUGUAUUUCGUGGAGUCCGCACAAGGAUUACGAGUUGGUGAUCGGCAACGAGAACGGGAUCGUUCAGAUCUGGGAUACCAAUACCAAAGAAUUCAUUUCCACGUAUGUGACUCCAAAUUUUGCCGCAAAUUUGACAGCUUUAUGGAGUCCGGUUGAUCCAGACUUUAUGAUAUCUGGCAGUAGAGAUUCAGCUUUAAGAAUAUGGAGGAUAUCUGAACAUGCACCGAAGAAUGAAAUUGAACUUAUGGAGACAAGGAAGACAGUUCUGAAAAAAAUGAUGAUUGAGUCCGCAGAUCUCUUGCCUAAAAUAAAGAAACCACAAGAUUCAGCCACAAUAGUGAAAAAAACCAACAAAAAUGUUCUGCUUCCAAAGUUCCCAAUAGCAGCUGGACAAUCUGUUGAUGGUCUCAGAAAGUUGUUACAAUGGAAAGAAGACCCAUCUAGCGUUGAAAGCUCCACGGAGAAUGGCGGCGAACUCACUGUAUUUGAUGUAUUUGGAACAAAUAAGGAUAUGUUGAAGUUAGUCAAUACCAAUGAAACUGUGCACAAGCAAAACGGGAAGUAUAGCUUGAAUGCCAUGCUGACAAUGUUCAGAGGGGAUCUUAGUUCUACUAUCAAAGAAGCGAUCGACGAAAAACGUGUUGAUCAAUGGAUUAUUUCUCUUGCACCUAUGGUUUCCUCCAAGUUAUGGCAAGCGGCAUGCGAAACUUACGCUCACCAACUUUCUGAACAGUCAGAUACUAAUCCCUUGGAAGUAGCGACGUAUUUCUUAGCUUGUCACAAAGUCGAGCAAGCCAUAAACUGUCUUUGCGAGGCUCAGAUGUUCAAGGAAGCGUUGGCAUUAGCGAAAUGUCGCUUCACGGAAAACGACGUUGCCGUACAAGAGGUUCUGGACAAAUGGGCCAAACACUCGGUGUAUGUGGGGAAUUUCGAGAUUGCUGCCCAAUGCUUUAUUGUCCUGGGAAAAUAUGAAGAAGCUGCUUCAGUUCUCUUCAGAAGAUCCGACAUCGAAACAAUGGAAUUUGCUGCUGAAUUGGCUGAAAAGUCCGGGAACGUAGAGCUACAUAAAGCGGCACUUUUCAGAUACAAAUCUUUCCUAGCCGAAAGUAGUGGGGAAAAUGGCGACAAAGAAAAACAAGAAAUGUCCACCAUAGCGGAAAUAUCUAUGGAUGGGAAUGAAAUAGUUGGAACCGCAAAUGGAGAUGAAAAUCUGAGUACUGGAACUAGUAAAAAUAUUGAUAAUUUGGAGAAUGUGUCUCAAGAAGAAAUACUUCCACGAAAGACUGAAAAAGACGAUGCAAAUAAAACUGGAGAUACAGAUGUGGUUCAAGAACAUGGAACAGAAGAACAAGGAGAAACAGAUCUAGUAGUUGAAACUGCAAAUGAAGAUAAAAAUCCGAGUACUGAAACUAGUAGAAAUAUGGAUAAUGUGGAGAAUGUGUCUCAAGAAGAAAUAGUUUUACAAAAGACUGAAAAAGACGAUGCAGAUAAAACUGGAGAUACAGAUGUAGUAGUUCAAGAACAGAGAACCGACAUACAAGGAGAAACAGAUCUAUUAAUUCAAAAUCCAAAUGAAGAAAUUCCACAAGAUGAUAAUGCAUUAGUUCCAAGCAAAGCAGAAGAAACUUUGCAACUAAAUGCACAGAUUUCCCAAAAUAAAGCUCCAGAGGAAAUAGUUCCACAAAAGACUGAAACAGAAGAUAAGACUGUCAAAACAAAAAUGCAAGACGUAGUGGAGGAAAAUAAUGAAGGAGUUUCACAAAACGGCACUCCUUGUUUGGUACCCAAUGUAGAAAAAACUCUAUCAAAAGAGGAAACGAAUCACCAAAGUGAAUGUGCAAGUGGAGAACUAAUAAACACUGACUCUUCUGAAAAGGAAAAUGAUGUGGACAAAACUGAAGAACAUGAAGGAAUUUCCAAAAACCAAAUUCCCCGAAGAAAUGUAGUUGAGGUACACAAUAAAGAGGUACCACAAAAUGGCACUGUUUGUUUACUACCCAACACAGUGGACACAAAUUCAGUACAGGAAGAAAAUCUUCCCGAGAGUGAAUCUGCAAAUGGGAUAAAAAUGAACACUGGUUCUUGUGAGAAGAAAAAUGUUUUGUCAGGGACAAACAACAAUAAUGAAGGAAUUAUUGAAGUUGAAACCUUAGAAGAAGAAAUACAAGAAGUAGUUCAACAAGGAUCAGAGGGAAAAAAAGUUGCGCAAAAAUCCACGAGUAGAAAUAAGAAAAAACAUAGGAAACAUUAGGCCAAUGUCUGAUAAAGACAGUUUACCCAACAAAUAUUAAGCGAUAAACCUUUUGUUUUAUUUGUUAAUGGAGAUUUUUUUUAAAUUUCGAAGAAAUUUUAUUUUUUGUACUGAGUACACGUUAUUUUUGUUCUUACUUAUGAUAAGUCAAUAAAAAGUUAUUUUUG